AUGUUAGAAUCGUCAGAAAUGGAUAUCGAUGCCAUUAUCCGUGAUCUUCUUGAGGGCAACCAUUCCGAAGAUGAUUCUGAGGAGGACCACAAGGAUUCCGUUAAGAAACGUCCAUGCAAUGAGGUUGCAAAACACGAACAAUCUAGCACCGAUUGCUUGGAAUGUGAAGAUGGCCUCACAUUAGCUGAUCAGGAGAACGGAGAUGUAGCGGAUUCAGAUCACGUCACAAAGCGGCCCAAGUCCUAUCGUAGUGGCCGCCGAGGACAGAUCUCUACAGGUCUUUCAUCCGUAUCCUCAUCUAAAAUUGAUCCGCUUUACAAUCUAGAUCGGGUUCAGGCUUUACGCGAUUCGCUGCUGGACUAUCUAGUCGCAGAGGAGUCAGAUCCAACCGCUAUGGUAUAG